AUGAAGCUCACUGCCGCUCAAAAACAAAAGCGUUAUCGAGAAAAUCUGAAGAGAAAAGGUGGUCAUAAUGCUAUGAAAGCAAAAAAUCGUGAAAGAAUGAGAAAUAUGCGUAGUCAGUUAUCUGAUUUCCAGCGAGAACAGUCUCGUAAACGUGAUGCAACAGCCCGUAAAGCUGCCCGUGCUGCUAAUGAUCGGCGAUUGAAUGCAUCAUUCAGCUCAAAGCAGAUUCUUAGUAAAGCGAUUAGAAAAGUGACUAGAUGUCUUCCACAAGAUCCAUCAAAGAAAAAGAUAGUGAUACAAACAAUUGCUCAAUCUCUUGGGUUAAUAAGUCAAUCUCAUCAUAAGCGUUCUACUCGACAAGUAUCGCUUAAAGUGAAGGAUGAUAUUAUUAAAUUUUAUUGUCGAGAUGACAUAUCGUAUCAGAUGCCUGGAAAGCGGGAUACAAUCGUCGUCAGGGAGAAUGGAACAAAAUCGACUCAUCAGAAGCGAAUUUUAUUAUAUAACAUUCGUGAAGCACAUCAACUGUUUCUGUCGGAAUACUGUACCUCUACUUCAGAUCCAGUUAUUGCUCGAACAAGUUUCGCAGAAUUACGUCCAGGAUAUGUAUUAAUCAAAGCAUUAAUGAGCCAUCGUGUAUGCGUGUGUGCAUACCACGAAAAUGUAAACCUAUUACUUGAAGCCUUAGUGAAACAUGUUAAAGGUGGAAUGUGCUCGGAUUUACAAACGUUUACAAGUGCUCUGAUUAAAUGGUUUCAAUGGAAGAAUACUAGUGGCCGUGCUGAGAAACAGGAAUCGGAAGGAACUGUUAAAGACUGUGUUCAACAUUUAUCUGGUCUUGUUGAACAAUAUCUCUUACAUGUAUUCAUAAAACGUGCUCAAAGUAGCCUCUUUGAACGAAUCAAAGAAGAUACGGAUGAUCGGAAAGUCCUUUUACAAGUCGAUUAUUCCGAGAAUUUCGCUAUGGAAGAACAGGACGCUAUUCAGGCUGCAUACUGGAACACAAAAGCGUUAUCAAUCUUUACUGCACACGCAUGGUGUGGUGCAGUUAAUUAUUCAUUCGCGUUAGUAUCGAAUAAUCUAACUCAUGAUAAGUAUUGUGUUGACGUAUGCUUGAAUAACAUCAUUAGUAAACUCAAUCAAUAUUUACCGGAUUUGGAGGAGAUCGUAUUUUUCAGCGACGGAGCGGCGUCGUAG